AAAAAGACGACGAAGAUCAACGAUGCUUAGCAUACACAGCUAGCGUUUGUCGUGUGUGUGUUUUUUGAGAUCUUCUUGUUGUCGAGAUAUUAAACUAUCAACUAGAACAAAUUUAUCAAAGAAAAUAUCAAAGCUGCGAACACAACAAACCACACUUUAGGAUUCAUAUCCUGGAAGUUGUAUAUUUUAAUCUGGCACAGUAACGCUGUAACACUACUGGCAGUCCUAGGACCCAAGAAAAUAAUGUGCUGCAGCUGAAGAUGGGUGGCAGUGGCUCCAAAUCCAGAGGAUAUUGGCCUUUUUCUGGCUCAGGUAGUACAGACGAUCCCACCAAAGAUGGAAACGAGCAGCCACUGGCGAGAGUUCGAAGUUUUGCUGGUGCAACGCCAUUUGUGUUUACAAGACGAAGCUCUAUGUUUUUUGAUGAAGACGGCGACUUGGCCCAUGAAUUCUACGAAGAGACAAUUGUGACAAGAAAUGGACGUAAAAGAGCCAAGCUGAAGAGGAUUCAGAAAAACCUCACACCUCAGGGAAUUAUAAAGCUGGACCACCCUUGCAUCCAUGUAGAUUUCCCAGUUGUCCUCUGUGAAGCCUGAUGAUGUCUGAGAAGCGUCUUGGACUCGUCACUGUCAACUCCGUCCAGUGCUUUCCCCUACAGCUGGAUGCCUGAACCACCUUUUAAAAAUAACAUGAUCUCUUGAUGUAUUUGAUGCCCUUACGUGGACAGGCUGCUGCAAAUGUGUGCUGAGCCUCUGCAUGUGAUCUGUUUUUGGCUUGUGUGCAGUUAGACACAAAAUAGAUCAUCAAUGGAGAUCUAGAAGGGUGCCAAGUUGGCGAGACCUACCCAUUUUACAGUUCAUGGUUUGUAUGCAUGUAAGUGUGAGCGUGUGUGCAGACACGGGAUGAAAUGUGUCAGAGUCCAGAAGUUUUUGCUGCCGAAUGUUUAAUGGGUUGAUUAAUUGAACUCGAGAAGUUUGAGAAGAAUGUGACAUAUUUUUUUUCCUCUUUCAUGGUCAUACAAAGAGCUGUAAAGUUAAAGUGCACACUUUAAUUUUUAUGACACCAUGAUGACUUGCUUUAUUAUGCAUGAGACAGUAUCUGCUUAUCAGUAAUAGUCUAAAGUGUUGACAAUCAGUGGGCGACAAAUUCUGAUGUGGAUUCAUGUCACAUAGUAGUAGUAUGAUGGACUGGCUUCAAUGACCUCAGAGCCACACAUGUACACAGCAGCAGUGAGUCCAGUUAGAGAUCCUGUUGUUUCCUUUGCUGCUUCAGCAUACUCUGUUUCACUUUUAAUUUAUUAUAACUGUUUUUUAAUUACAAUUUAAAAAUGCUGAACUGUGUCAUGGUGCUCUUUUGUGUUGGUACAUGACAGUUGAAUAUUGUAUUUAAGUGCAUAUAGAUCACUAGCUGUCUAAAAAUAUUAAUUGACAUCUUUACACAAUACCUUUUAAACAACAGGUGAGGCUGCUUAACCCAGACAACAGGACUAAAGAGGUGUGUCUAGUUUUUUCUCCUGUUUCAGAAGUUAAAGCAACCUUUAAGAGUUACAACUGGAAAGUAACAGGUGAUUAUCUAAAUAUCUGAUUCCAUUUAAAAAAAAUGUUUAUAACUUAAA